UCAUUGGCGACCUGUGGUGUCGUGUUGCAAUUAGCACCAACCUCAGUUCUGGUGCAUCUCGACAUUGACAACUUUUUGCCAAACCACUGUGUGCUUGCAGACCGAGCAUCUACAGUGUUUCUUUCGAUGCCAAUUCUAUACCGCCAUAUCCCAAACGACUAUUUUGAUUCCUAUUUCCGUAUUAAUAAUAUUUUGUUACUUCUACCCUUGUGUUAAUAGCUGCCCCUACCCCUAUUGCUUCCAUCAACCAUCCAUGGCAUAGCCAUCCAUCCAUCUCGACUUCACGAAGUAGACCUUCGACAUCGAGCAUCACGCGAAUCGAAACCCCCAAGUCGGAAAUUCAAAAUGCCACGGCCGGCAACGACCGGGUACGAGCGCCUUGCGCAGGCCGACAUCAGCGACGACUCGGACGACGACCCGCUCGCCGCCAGCUAUGCAUCGUUGCAACCACCGACCGCCCCGCGUUAUGCACCUAUCGGCCAGCCCCGCCCGCACUCGGGCAUGGCUACGCCGAAAUAUUCGGGAUCGGCCGGUCUCCGUGAUUCGUCUCGGUCCGGGGGGCGUCGCCGUCGCCGCGGUCGGAGGAACUCGGGCGUCGACCUCAAGGCUAUCAACGCCCGCCUCGAGCGCUGGGCCGACGAGAUCGCCUCCAAGUUCAAGCGCGGCCGACACAAGAAGAAGGGCGAGGAGGAGCGUCUCGAAAUACACCAUUCCGUCUUUCAGGCUCCGGAGGGCGUCCGACCUGUGACGGCCGAGAUGCUGGCCGUCCCGGAGCCCGGCUACAUGACCAAGGCCGAAUUCGAGGUCAUCGUCGACAGCGUCAGGUCCGCCAUACGGCAAGGUGUACACCCCCGCAUGAUCUCCCAGGGGAGCUCUGGUAGCUACUUCGCGAGAAAUCCUGACGGGAAGGUGGUGGGCGUCUUCAAGCCCAAGGACGAGGAGCCCUACGCGGCUGGCAACCCAAAAUGGAACAAGUGGAUCCAUCGGAAUCUAUUCCCGUGCUUCUUCGGUAGAGCUUGUCUUAUUCCCAACCUUUCCUACGUUAGCGAGGCUGCCGCGUACGUCCUCGACGCGCAACUACGCACACACCUCGUCCCAUACACAGACGUCGUCUAUCUCUCGUCCAAGUCCUUCCACUACCCCUUUUGGGACCGAUACGCCUUCUCUAGGAAGAGGAAGCCUUUACCCUCAAAGCCGGGCAGCUUCCAAGUGUUCCUCAAGGGCUUUAAGGAUGCAAACAUCUUUUUGCGGGAACACCCAUGGCCAGAUCAGUACCUCUCGGGUUUCCGAACAACAGACCCCCAUAGGAAACGAAAGCGGCGAUGGGCCGACAACUGCCGCCCGGGCAGCGCGCAGCCCGACGAUGGAGAUAGCGAUGAUGGCAACGAGACGCCCCAGUCGCAAACGCCAGGCCCCGGCAAUUUUGUCUGGACCCCGACCUUGAAACAGGCUUUCCGGGAGGAGCUCGAAAAGCUCGUCAUCUUGGACUACAUCAUGCGGAACACGGAUAGGGGGUUGGAUAAUUGGAUGAUCAAGAUCGACUGGGAGACGGAAGAGGUCUCGGUGGCGUCUGAGCCGGUGCACCUCAACAUGGAUACGUCGGAUCCGGAACCCGGGCCGAGGCCAGUCGACCUAUCGCAGAGAGAGCAGAGGACAAGAGCGUCGUAUCCGUACCGCGUUGAGAGGCCUAUGGAUGCCUCGACUCCCGUGUCGACCACGCCGGAUCCCAAGAUUUCGUUGGGGGCUAUUGACAAUUCCCUGUCGUGGCCUUGGAAGCACCCGGAUGCUUGGAGGAGCUUUCCCUUCGGCUGGCUCUUCCUCCCCGUCGAUCUCAUCGGCCGGCCCUUCUCCCAGAAAACCCGCGACCACUUCCUCCCGCUGCUCACAUCCACGCAGUGGUGGAGCCAAACUCAGCUCGCCCUGCGCCGCAUCUUCCAGAUGGACAACGACUUCCAAGAGCGCAUGUUUGCCCGCCAAAUAGCCGUCAUGAAAGGCCAGGCCUGGAACGUCGUCGAAACGCUCAAGACCCCCGACCAUGGGCCACUCGAGCUCACCCGCCGCGCCAAGGUCUGCGUCUGGGACGACCUCGUCGACGUUCCGGUCGCCGUGCCCAUGCGCGUCGCGAGCGCCGAAAUGCGCCGCCGCGCCACUGCCGAGUCCGACCCCGCCACCGUGUCAGCGACCGCUACAGCCCACUCCAAAGGCAGCAGCGACAUCAUCGGCGAAGAGGAAAUGGACAUCGGCGCUGCCGGCACCUCCGGCGCCCACGCGGCGUCUGCCCCCACCACAUCCGGCGCUGUCGCCGACCUCCUCAGCAUGACUGUCACCAGCCCGCCUGCCAACCUCCCCCACCCGGGCCGAUUCGAACUCGCGCUACAAGACGACCUCCCGUCCCCGGGUGCGUCGAGCAACGGCGCCCCGCUAGGCGAUCAAAACAACAGCAACGGCAAGCCAACCCGCCCACAAUUCCCGCGCGCCACCAACAGCCACAAGUCGCUGAACGUCUACUCCCCCGACCGCGGCGCCGGUGCAGAGCACCACCAAUCCCGCUUCUCCUUCACCACCACCGCCGCCGCCCGGCGAGAGAGCAACUCGCUCGCCUCACAGUUCUACAACAGCAACGGCGGCGCCGGCGGUAACGGACGGGCGAGCCUGGACUACGGCGGUUCGAUCGGCGCGGGGCACGAUGGCGAUCAUCAUCAUGCCCAUCACCAUCAUCAUCAGCAUCAUCAGCAUCAUGCUGAGCAUGGGGAGGAGGAGGACGAGGACCUGGAGGGCGGCGACCUCGGGUAUGCGGCUGCCACGGGGAUGGAGGGGAAUCAGAGGAAGGUGAUUGUGGAGCGGUUGGAGAUGAUCAAGGGGCGGAAUCCCGUGUUUACGUGGUGUUGAUUGGACUUUUCUAUCUAUCUGUGCCCCGUGUUGGGCUGGGGUUGGUUUAGUUUAGUUGAUAGAGAGGGGGUUAAGUUAAGUUAGCCAUGGGUUUGUCGUCUGUCUGUGGUGUGGUGGCGGGGGGUGGUAUGUGUGUAUUUGUAUAUUGUGUAACGGCGCCUGGCAUAUAUGGGUGGAUGGGAAAGGGGCUAUUAAGAAUAGAAAUAAAGCGGUUUGGGUAUCUAGAGUGGUAGUUUAACUAUCUUGCUUGGUUUGCGUGGUU